CUUGAAACGAUUUUUUUUUUACUAUUUUCCUUGAAAAGCAUUUCGAGUUUAAUCUCAAAAUUUUGACUUGAUUCUAAACCUGAACAAUAAUAAUUACAAAUUGAAUGUAUUAUUUAAUGUGGACCCAGGGUUGGAGUGGUAAUCUGGCAUACCGGGAAUUUGCUCUGUGUGCCGAUUCGUUAAUUUUCAUUAUCGACAGUGUAUUGUCCGAUAAGAUCUCUAUGCAAACAGAACCUCCCCUACCUUCUCUGUGCGCUGGUGCACAGGUGGAGCUGAAAAGCUGACACCUAAAAACAAAAACUAACUAAAAAUAGCUGUGACUAAUGUGUCAAAUGGACCCACAUGUUAUAUGCAGGGCUGCUUCUUCACUGUCCACAGCAGCAUCAGCAACAAGAGAUAAGAAGAGACGAAGGAGGGUGAAAAUAAAGGGGUGGGGAGACGUAAUCAGGAAGUGACAUAUUCAAGAAUCUCUAAGAAUCUAAAAGCCGAAGUGUUUCUUUUAGUCAUUCAGAGGUACGGCCCUGAAACACACACACGAUUAGAGAUAGACGGAGGAGUAUCGCUGCGUACGUUCAGCGCAGACCAAAGCGACUCUCAGUCCAUCGCUGGAUAUCCAAGCCAGAUGUUCAACCGGACCACACGUGUGCCUUCACCUUACCCAGAUUCAAGUUUUGCUUCGUUCAUCAACGUGCCAGAUGUCUAUCGCCUGUAUCCAGAGUUUCCCAUGGACAGAGCGACGAUGGGUCCAGUAUUCCCGCCUCUGCAGCACAGUGUGACGCCCCCAAGCGUGCCAACAAAACAGGAGAAGUGUUACGACCCUUGUGACCAAACACUUAAAUUUGUUGAUGGAGAGGAUGAUUUGGACUUUUUGUGUGAAGGCUUCAAAUCUCUCAGAGCUCAGAUGUCCUGUGGUCACGCUGUGACCCCGACCUCUCUCACCAACUGGUGUCGCAGGUUGUUGGACCAGGGUGAAAGCAGGUUUGUGUGUGGUGGGUCUGGUUGUGGUGCUGAGUGGACUUUUGCAGAGGUUUGUAAAAUGGCUCUUCUGGACCCUCAAGAAAGGCAGUACUUUCAAAACACCGUGGAAUUUAACGCUGCCAGGCAGAUGCUUACUACUAAGUUUUGUCCUGAAUGCAGAUCCGCUGUGACGAGAGAGAAUGGAUCAGAUUUGAAUGUCCCCUGUAAAGUGUGCACAGCAGUAAAAGGACGGCUGUUUGAGUUCUGCUGGCAGUGUUUGAGGGAGUGGAAGGGUGCACGGCCUCGGAAAGACCGCUGUGAAAAUGGUGGCUGCUGCAACCCAUCACUAGAAACAUUAGAAAAAUGCCCAAAUAUCACAUUGUGUCAGUAUGAGUAUGAGGAUGAGGAUGGCGAUGAGGAUGAGGAUGGCGAUGAGGAUGAGGAUGACAAUGAGGAUGGCGAUGAGGAUGAGGAUGGCGAUGAGGAUGAGGAUGAGGAUGACAAUGAGGAUGGCGAUGACGAUGAGGAUGAGGAUGAGGAUGGCGAUGAGGAUGAGGAUGGCGAUGACGAUGAGGAUGGCGAUGAGGAUGAGGAUGGCGAGGACAAUGAGGAUGGCGAUGACGAUGAGGAUGGCGAUGAGGAUGGGGAUGAGGAUGACGAUGAGUGUGAUUCUGGAGUCCGUGUGUGUCCCUCUGUCCGUGCCUGUCCCACCUGUGGUUUGCUGUUGGAGCACAGCAAGAAGUAUUGCCCAUCAGUUGUUUGCCCUCGAUGUAGUGCGACGUUUUGUUUUGUGUGUCUGAAGCGCUCUGGCAAAUGUCAGAUGACCCGGUGCAUUCCUGCCCCCAGACAGACCUCUAUACCUGUCUGGCAAAAGAAAUAAUGGGAAAGAAACACUGCUGUUAAGUUUCACUUUAUUUUUAUUGAGAGUGUCUUUUCUAAAUAAAUUCACUAUGUUGUGUUUUAAAUUCUCUGCUUUGAAAAACAUCAGGCUAUAAACAAAAAUUAUUGUGUUAUAUUAGUGAGAAAUUUACUACCAAAUAUGAUCUUUGCAGAUGUGUUAUGCUGAACUGUAAUGAUAAAUCUGAUAAAUGUCAUUCAUUUAUACAUUUAGAAUAAGGUUAAACAUUCUGUGUGCACAUGCUGUCCUCUGGUUACUUACAGAUUUAACCUGUGACGUCUCAUUUCCACACAUUUUGUUUGUAGUCCUAGCUACAUCAUGAUAAUUUGUUUAGAGCAAAUGUUUUUUUUUAAAAGUAGUUAUGUUUAAUCAACGUCAAUGUUUAAAUGUAAAUAAAAAUGUAUCUGUGUGGAAGGAAAGCCAGCAAAACACUGUUCAA